AUGGAUGAAUAAAAACAAAAUAAAGUCAUAAUAAAAGUAAAUAAUAGUUAAAAAUUAGAUUUUGGUAAAAUAGGCAUUAAUUCAGUAAUAUUUAAUUAACAUAAAUAUAUGUUGUUUUUUGAAUGAUUACUUUUAUACAAUAGCUUUAAAUGGGUUAGGAAUAAUAUUCAUAGCUUGUGUUUAUCAUAUUAUUCCUUUGAAGAGUAGUAAGAUAAAGUAUAUAGUGGAAUAUUCAUUAUUGGCUGGAAUAUAAGUAUGGAUUUGAAAAUAGAGAUAUUAGAUUCUUGGAAUAUUUAUGAAGGAAUUACUUAUAUAUCUAUCAAGUUCAUUAUUAGGAUUGUCAAUACUUUCAGUGUUGUUUAAGAUUUGUAGAACUUAAUUAAAUAUUGAUUAAUCAUUAGGUCUAUUUAAAUUAGUAAUUAUAUAUAGAUAGAUAGUUGAAAGUGUGUAGGAAUGUUGA